UUUGUCUGCCUUUAAUCUAACGAUGUUUCGUUUUAGUUGGUGGUGCUUAUUGAUUUUUUUCCUUCUUUAGUUUUGUGGGGUUUUCUCAUCCGAUGUUUGAUUGAUAGGUAAGGAUGGCCUAAUCAUUCUCCUUUUCCACCUAACAUUAUUUUAUUUAUUCUCAAAACGUGUUUGAUUCUUAUAUUUUUUGGGGGUUGCUAAAUCCAUGAAAGGUUGUUUAUUUAGCUGAAAAAGAAGACAGCUUGUUUUGGAUUAAAACACUCUUGCUCUGGAAAGAAAUCUGGCUACUCUCUCUAAAUGCUUUUCUCCUUUAAUCAAUGAUUUCGCUUCUGGAUAUAUACAAUGAUAAGAUCUUUUCAAAUUUAUAAACGGGGGUUUGAUUAAAUUUCCAGUCUUUGAUGUUUUCUCCCUCUUAGAGAUCAGAAUUCCGGCAUUGUCCUCCUUUUGGGGUUGUUUGACUUGUAUUUGGAGAAGCCUCAAGUGUUUUCAUAUUUCUUCAUGAUUGAUUGUGUUCUGAGGAGUUUGCGUUAGCUGCUGUUCAUCAUGAACGGUGAGACUUCAUGGAUCAGUCAUUGCUUUGAUGACAUGUCGAAAGGAAUCGGUGCCCGAGAUACGUACUUGGAACUUAGCGAUGAAGGUAACAAAGAAACGACUGUAGUUUCUAUAGACUCUAUCCUACCUGAUGAGUUGUUGGAACGAAUCUUGGCUUAUCUCCCCAUUGCUAGCAUUUUCCGAGCUGGUUCUGUGUGUAGAAGAUGGCAUGAGAUCGUCAGUUCCAGACGGUUCCUAUGGAACGUUCCCAAUGUCCUAUUGCAAAAGCCUUGGUAUUUCAUGUUCACUAGUUGUGAUGAACCGGUUGGUUUUACCUAUGAUCCGAUCCUUCGGAAGUGGUACAGCAUUGAACUGCCUUGCAUUCAAACUCCUAACUGGUUCAUUGCUUCAUCAUGUGGCUUGGUUUGUUUUAUGAACAAUGACAGUAGAAAUGAUAUGCAUGUCUGCAAUCCAAUCACCAAACAUUGCAACAAGCUCGAGAAUCCCCCUGGUAUGAAAUUCCCCGAUUAUAGUUCAAUGUCCAUCUCAGUAAAUAGGACAUCACACCAUUAUACUGUAUCCAUUGUGAAGUCCAAACAAGUGCCUGUUAAUUUUUUCCAAUGGGACGUUUCGAUUCAUAUUUAUGAUUCGAAGACAAUGAUGUGGACGACCUCCUUGACCGAGAUAUUGACUGGAUGGAGAGGUGGAGACGAAAGCGUGAUAUGUGCUGGGAUUUUAUACUUUUUGGUUUACUCAAGUGGAGUUGGAGAAGGAGAGAAUCGACAUGGCCUAGUUGCAUAUAAUCUCUCUAGUCGACCAUCUCCAUUGAUUAGGAGUUUUAUUCCGGUACCUGCCCCUCUUACUUGUGGUCGUCUGAUGAACCUAAAGGAAAAGCUGGUGAUGGUCGGAGGCAUCGGGAAGCAAGAUCGGCCUGGUAUAAUCAGGGGGAUCGGAAUCUGGGUUCUUGGAGGGAGGAAUUGGGUUGAGGUUGCUCGCGUGCCCCAUAAGUAUUUUCAAGGAUUCGGCGAGUUGGAUGAUGUUUUCGCUAGUAGUGGUACCGGCGAUCUCAUAUAUAUCCAGAGCUACGGUGGUCCGGCACUUCUUGUUUUCGACAUGAACCUGAAACUAUGGAAAUGGGCGCAAAAGUGUCCGGUGUCGAAGAAAUUCCCCCUUCAGCUCUUCACUGGUUUUUGCUUCGAACCGAGACUUGAAUUCGCUCCUUAAUUUAUUUACGAUUGGAUUUCAGGGGUGCUCAUUGAUCAAAUUCGUCCCAAAUUCUCACCAUUCCUUCCUUUUUUUUCUCAUUUGGCCUUCAUUUUCAAUAAUUAUGAUACCACUGCAGUAGCAAAAAAAAACUAAAAGAAGAAAAGAUCACAGCUUGUAAAGCAGGUAAAGCCUGCUCAUUUAUGAAAAUGGAUACUCCAUACAUAAAUACAAGUUUGAUGCUUCGAUUAUCCA